AUGUUUGAAUCAGAACAAACCGGCGCUGCUGUCAAUGUUGCAUUAAAUGAGCCUGAUGAAAUAGCUUGUUAUCCACGAAUGUUUUUUGAUAACAAAGAAGAGUUUUAUUUGACUCUAAAAAUAAGUAAUGAACAAGCCAAAGAAUCAAAUUUCUUUAUACCAUAUGAAGUACGAGAUCAUUAUUUGAAAGGUCACAUGGGACUGAAAGUACGUAAGCAUCUUACCUUCACAUUUGGUAUCAUUAUUGAGCUGUCCUCCUCACAACCGCCAAGCGACAACAACCUUAUUCUUAUUAGCAAUUCCACGGACGAUCAGGCUUUAAUGAGUAAACAGCAAAAUAAGUGA